CCCUCCUCCCUUCUCUCCCUCCCUCCCGCCGCCGCCGCAGCCGCACCGAGACACAAAAAGCGGCUGGGCAGGGCCGGGCAGGGCCGGGCAGGGCCGCGCCGGCACCAUGACGGAAACCACCAAGACCCACGUUAUCCUGCUGGCCUGCGGCAGCUUCAACCCCAUCACCAAGGGCCACAUCCAGAUGUUCGAGAGAGCUCGGGAUUAUCUGCACAAGACCGGACGCUUCAUCGUCAUUGGUGGCAUUGUCUCACCCGUGCACGACUCCUAUGGGAAGACGGGCCUGGUUUCAAGCCGGCACCGCCUGACCAUGUGCCAACUGGCUGUCCAGUCCUCCGACUGGAUCAGGGUGGACCCCUGGGAGUGCUACCAGGACACCUGGCAGACCACUUGCAGCGUGCUGGAGCACCACCGCGACCUGAUGAAGAGAGUGACUGGCUGCAUCCUCUCCAAUGUCAACACACCCUCCAUCACUCCUGUGAUCGGCCAGCCCCAGAACGAGUCCUCACAGACCAUCUACCAGAACAACAACAAUGUCUCCAGCAAGCCCACUGCAGCAAAGAUCCUCGGGAAGGUGGGAGAAAGCCUGAGCCGGAUUUGCUGCGUUCGCCCACCCAUGGAGCGCUUCACUUUUGUGGAUGAAAAUGCCAACUUGGGGACAGUGAUGAGAUACGAGGAGAUUGAGCUUCGCAUCUUACUGCUCUGUGGCAGUGACCUGCUGGAGUCCUUCUGCAUCCCUGGUCUCUGGAAUGAGGCAGAUAUGGAGGUGAUUGUUGGGGAGUUCGGGAUUGUGGUGGUGCCCCGCGAUGGAGCAGACCCCGACCGGAUCAUGAACCACUCAUCCAUACUCCGCAAGUACAAAAACAACAUCCUGGUAGUGAAGGAUGACUCAAACCACCCCAUGUCGGUUGUCAGCUCCACCAAAAGCAGACUGGCCCUGCAGCAUGGGGAUGGGCACGUUGUGGAUUACCUCUGCCAGCCUGUCAUCGACUACAUCCUCAAGAGCCAGCUCUACAUCAAUGCCUCCGGCUAAACGCCAGAGGUCUCGCAGGGAGACAGCCCUCGUGUCCCACCUGCCUACAGCUCUCUGUCACUCUUCUCUCUCUCUCUCAGUCUGUGCCUCCAUCUCUCUCCCCACCCCAUCGCCUCCUGCCCGUGUCUGCCUCUCACCCCCGGCGCCAACGCUCCAUUGUGCAGCAAUGUCCAGGGAACCGCAGCACGGCCCCAAGGAGAAUGGUUUGGUCUGUUUUUUCAGGGAACCACCCUCCCCCUCACACAUGGGGAGGAAGGGGGGGACCCAAAAAAGGGUAGCUCUGAUGCCCCCCUCCCAGCAUGUCACUGGGAAAUGGUCCCACUGGUCCAUCCUCCCAGCAUGCUCAGAGCAGGGCUUCCUCUUCUGCAUCAUCUUAGAGUACUUAAGCUCAAUAAAUCUAGGUGGACUUUUUUCUUAAAUAGUUUUAAUGUGAGCCUUUUGGACCUCUCACCACGGUGACCAAAUGAAUCCUGGUUGGCAA